UCUCCGGAGAGGGCCCGCCCCUAGCCCCGCCCUCUCUCCGGGAGGGCCCCUCCCCGCGCCGGCCCCCCCCGGAAGCGCCGGCUGAGAGCGCCCGCAUGGAGUCUGAGCCGCGCGCCUCAGAGGCCGUACCUACCGCAGCCGCGCUCUUCGCCUGGGGUGCAAAUAGCUAUGGGCAACUUGGCCUUGGCCACAAGGAAGAUGUGCUUUCUGCCCAGCAACUGAAUGACUUCUGUAAACCCGGUUGUAUCAAGAGGAUCACAGGAGGAGGGGGCCACUCGGCUGUUGUCACUGAUGAAGGAAGUCUUUUUGUGUGUGGCCUGAACAAAGAUGGGCAGCUGGGGCUGGGUCACACAGAGGAGGUCCUGUAUUUUACCCCCUGCCGAUCGCUCCUUGGCUGUGCCAUCCAGCAGGUGGCCUGUGGCUGGGACUUUACUAUUAUACUUACAGAAAAUGGUCAAGUCCUAUCAUGUGGAUCCAACUCCUUUGGCCAACUGGGAGUUCCUCAUGGGCCUCGAAGAUGUGUGAUCCCCCAGGCCAUCGAGCUCCUGAGAGAGAAGGUUGUUAGUAUUGCUGCUGGACUGAGGCAUGCUUUAGCUUCAACAGCUCGUGGCACUGUGUUCCAAUGGGGAACUGGUUUGGCAUCAUCUGGACGGCGACUGUGUCCUGGGCAGACUCUCCCACUGUUUCUGACAGCAAAGGAACCCAGCACAGUGACAGGCCUAGAGAAUUCUCAAGCAGUAUGUGUUCUUGCUGGCUCUGAUCACUCAGCUUCACUGACAGAUGCAGGAGAGCUGUAUGUUUGGGGAAGCAACAAACAUGGGCAACUGGCUUCCCAGGCUGCUUUCCUCCUUCUGCCCCAGAGAAUAGAAGCACAUUAUUUCCAGAAUGAAAAGAUCGCUGCUGUCUGGAGUGGGUGGACACACCUGGUUGCUCAGACAGUAACUGGCAAGGUGUUUACCUGGGGCCGAGCGGACUACGGUCAGCUGGGGAGGACAGUGGAGACUCGUGAAGGCUGGCAGUCAGAGAAGCAGGAUCCAUCCCUCCCCGGCUCCGGGCCACAGAAGGGCACACCUUCGUGUCUGCCUUGCUUAACAGGAGCGACUGAGAUCUCCUGUGGCUCAGAGCAUAAUCUGGCGGUGAUUGGGCCAAGGAGGAUGGGGAGUGGCGAAGAGCAGAGAUGCUGGGGUCCUAUCUCCUGGAUUCAAAUCUUGGCUCCUGUGCUUAUGAGCCAUGUAGCCUUGUAUAUGAAUGGCUUAGCCUCUCUCUGUCUUUUAAAAAAAAUUUUGAUUGAAAGGAGGACACUAAGGCUCAGAGGUUACGUGAUUAACCCAGGGUCACUCAGAAAGGAAGUAGCAGAGCCUGGGAUGGACACCCGGAGGUAUCUGACACUGAAGCCCAUUCCUGUCCUCCCCUCUCCUCCUAACCAAUCAGAAUUUCUGAGAAAUCUCUCCUUUGGUUUCAAACACAAGUGGCUAUUAGGCAGACCACACCUAGCUUUACCAGGCAUUGGGAUCAAAUAUGAACUAGUCUGAGGGAACUGUUAGCUGAGAGCAGCUGCUGUGCAUCUGGACAGGAAGUUUGCGGAGCAGAGGGCUGGUUGUGAAGAGGGGCUCAGAGCCCAGAGCUGGGGCAGGAAUACCUACUAAGUAAGGGAAACAGCACCUAAAUGAGAUGCAGCCAUGCCGUGCUGUCUCAGAGCUUUGCCCCGUGCCUUCUCUGGUUCCCUGAUGUCUGAAGGACCUCUCUGCUUGCCCGCAGCUGGGGGUGGUCCCUGACCAAAGGCUCCCUGCUACAAGCUGGAAGGCCUGAGAACGCAUAGGGAAGGGCUCUCAGUUUGAGUCAUUUGUUCGCUGACAUUUCCAAGCAGAGCCAGAAGUGAGACGCCGUACACUCAGAGGUGAACACCUGUGGUCCUUGCCCCGAGGCACAGUGACAGGAGUAGAGAAAGGUCCAGACCAGAGUCUGCUCCGCCCCACUCACUGUGUGACCUCCCACGAGGUACUGUACCUUUCCAAGCUCUGUUUUCUUACGUGGAAAUGUGGACUUUUUUGAGAUUUAAUGGAGAUAAAGAUGAAGAGUAACUGUCACAGCCUUAGAAUAUAAUAGGGUCGAUGGACGUUACUUCCUUUUCAUCAGAAAACCGCCUCUCCGGGCCAGAGCAGUGGUUCCCAAACUGUAGGCUCUGGUGCCUUAGAAUCCAGAGUCUACCACAAGGCCCCCAGAUUCCUCUGUACAGCUGUAGGAAGCAUUGUUUUCAACUAUAUAUAGAUGGUAUCGUGGUGACUCUAAUUUAAAAGCUUUACUGAAUUCAUGGUGACUUUGUCAUUAAAUGUUGCUUUGAUCGGUGUGUAUGGAAAAACCCUGAAAUUCUCU